GUCAAACAAUAAUACUAAGUUAAUGUUUUUUUUCCUGAAAUGAUGCUAUUUCUCCCAUCAUUGGUGAGCAUGACCCUUGCAUUAAUGUAUUUGGGAGGGUGAGUAACAUCCUAUUGUGAAAAGGAUUCAUGUUUUCUCUAGUCUUCAAAGACUUGAUAUUUUUUGCAUGUGUAGAUCUAACAAAAUAAUAUCAAUUUCAGGAGAUGACUCAUCUAUGUGCUGUCACUAUACUUAUGACUGCUAUCAGUGCUGUUGCCAUUCUUACUUCAAUUGCUAUUGUGCGACGCAUCCUUAUGGCAACAUCAGUCCUGAAGGUAGCAGCAAAAUUGAUUGGAGAAGUUCAAGCACUCAUAAUUUUUCCACUAAUUCCGUACGCUAUCCUUGCUGUGUUUUACAUGUUUUGGACUUCAGCUGCUCUCCAUUUAUUCAGCUCUGUCCAGAUUGUUCAGAACGACUGCAACUCUAACUGCUGCACAUAUGAUCUUGUGGCAAAACGGGUGAACUGUGAUCGCUGUUGUGGAUAUAGCAUUCAUUACACACCACAUUGGAAUCUCCAUUCUUUUUCACCUAUUUGGGUGCUAUUGGUCUACACAAUUUUUCGUAGCGUCCUCGUCAACAGUAGUUGCCGGAUCUGUUGCCUCUUAUUACUGGGCCCAUGGUGAAACAUCAGUAAGUUGCUAUUUGGCUGAGAAAUUGUUCCUCUUUGGUAUAAGAUUUGGCAUGAUAAAUUGUUAAAAUGUAGCUCAUUGUGUGGAACAUACGGAAAAUUGUGUCAAUUAUUAAAUGUAAUAUAUAUUUCUGAGUGCAGCCUGAAAUUCCAGUUCUGUCAGUCUUUUCCUCCAUGAAGAGGUUUAUGCGUUACAGUAUCGGAUCUGUGGCUCUGGGUUCUCUGAUUGUGUCAUUUGUAGAAUCAAUCCGGUUUCUGCUUGAAUCUCUUCGUCGCAGACUAAAAGUAUCUAGUUAUGUGCAUUGAUGACUCUUGGUCAUUACAUGUAUUUUAGAUCAUUUCAAUGGAGUUUAGUAGGUAUUUUGAUGUAUUUUUUGGUCAUAGUUUAGUUGGAAGUUGCAUAGAAUUGAGAUUACUUGCAAGGGAAGAAAAAGGGAUCAAUUUGGAUGUAAGUCUGGAAAUUUCGCCUGGGGCGAAAAGUCUUGCGCUUGGGCAGAAAAAACUCAAAGCUGUGAAAAGGGAUCUGUCUGGAAAUUUCACCUGGGGCAAAAAUCUGUGGUUGGGGCGAAUAAAGCUGUGCCUGGGGCGACAAAUGCUGUUAAGUGACC